AUUUAGAACCCAAUGAUGUUGAAGAAACCAUUACAAGCUGUCCACAGAAAAUGCUACAAUAUUCACAGAAAUUGGAGGCACAAUAUGAAAUUGCAUUACAAGCAUGUUAAGAACGUCUUACAUGUGGAUCCUUAUAGUCAUCCAUACGAACAUGUGACUCAAGAGGAUUGGCGCCACUUAAUUGACGAUGUGUGGAAAAGCAAAGAACACAAGGUGAGAUCAAAAGCUGGCAAAAAGAAUAGGAAAAAGCUUGAGUACAAUCAUUGUUCAGGAUCUCGGUCAUUUGUUGCAACAAUGACUAUACAGCCGGAGUUUAAUGGUUCUGAAAACCUUGAAUUUCCAGAAUUCUAUAAGAAAACUCAUACCAAGAAGAACAAAGAGUGGAUUGAUCCUAUUUGCGCCGUGAAACAUUCAAAGAUGUUGAGCUUGCGAGAAGAAUCUUCCCAAUCCGGUGUGCAAUUAACAUCAGAGGAGAUGUCUAGGCAGGCACUUGGAAAAAGGAAGAGAUACAUUCUUGGAUUUGGGGAUGGGCCGAAGCCCUCUUCAUCUUCUUCCACACCUAGUCGUGUGUCACAAGACCAUGUUGGGGAGUUACAGAAACUUAAAGCUGAGAUGGAGAAGAUGAAGAUGGAGCGUGAGGAGCUGCGGAGGCAAUUGGAACAGGAGAGGAGAGAGCGUGAGGAGGAAAAGAAAGAGCGAGAGGAAGAACAGAAGCAAAUUGCACAUCUUACAAGUUUGGUGACAGAGUUCUUAAAGGAAAAGACUCAAACGCAUAAGUCGUCUAUCCAUCAUGAUGGGGCCAUGUAUUCAACUGGUGGCACAAAUACUCGUUGAUACAUGGUGGAGUUAUGAGCAUGUGAAUCUAGUUUUUGGUACAUGGAUAGCUUUUGUUCAGAUGAUCAUGGUGGAGUUGUCUACAAGCAGAAAUCAGUUUUUUGUUUAUUCAUAUUUUUAUCUACAUGAUGGUUGUUUGGAUGAAUUGCAAGAUCAGAUAUUUUGGGAUUUUUAAUUUACAUUUUGAUGUGUUUGGUGAUGAUUAUCACCUUAACAUAUGGUAUGGAUGAAACAUUUUGAUGAAUGGUUAAUAGGUUUGCUUGACUUUAGACUUAUAGAUGAUGAUAUUUAUAAUGAAUGAUUAUGGAUUCU